GCCAGCUUUUUUUGUAGCGCGGUGAAUGCUACCAGAGGACCCUCGCUCCCAGUCUCGGUGUGUCUUCUCAGCGUCUGCUCGUUGUCUUUGAUGGAAACACACAGUUCCCGUUUUCUUCUCCGGGCGAAGCUGCAUUUGUGACCACGGAAAUCCUACUGAAGUUGCUCCGUUCACGAAACCAGCGCUGGUAGCUCGUGCGUUGAUGGCACUUUCCGCUUUUCAGCGAAAAGCCGCUGGGCGCUCGACGAACGGUUGAACGUGUUAGCUGACGCCUCUCUUCUCCCGGGUACGUUGUGGCCGGCGUGCGUUCUCCUGAAGAAAACACAGGGAGACUUGCCGGUUCUGUGGAGGCUAUCGCUCUAUAGAACCGCGGAAAAGAAGCAGAGAAACGAGACACGGAGAGAAUCCGGUACCCAGGACAGGCAGGCGUUCUUGGCACCGUACUCGGGGGAGGAAACGCGAUCCCCAGGUUCCGCACUCUCCAGUUUGUAGAACCCGUUGGUACAGCAGUCAUCAAGAACUUGGUUGCCGGGGCGAGCACAACUGAGUUCCACUCAGAAUCCGAGGCGCAGCAACAGUCCAGAAGGUCACCCGUUUUGUGCGCCAAGAAGCAUUCACCGACAUCGUUUCGAGAAAGCCAGUUACGGUUACCGCAGUUCUUCCGGCGAUGCUGCGUCCUUCGAGACUUUCUCUGCUUGCCAGCCUUCUUUCACGGGAGCAAACGUCAAUCACGUCGUUUUUCGUGCAAGGUUACGCCGUGGAGUCUCGCCCACUCUAGCCAGCUUCCCACGUGUGCAGCCACGCGGCCCGAUGUACAUACACCCCACUGCGUGUGUUGGCUUUUGUCUGCAGUUUCCGUGCAACAUUGUUGAUUUCCGAAUUUUCUUGGCGGGUGCGUUUGGUGGCGAAGGGGUCGCGUGGAAUCGUUGGUCCAAGUUUCAGCAGUCGCCUUGUCCGUGUCUGCUCAGCGGGCGUUUGGAACACAGUGCUCAAGAUUCGCGUGUUCCCGCGACUGGGUUUUAAGUGUGCCUUUGCCUCAAUCGAACGCCGUCUUCCGCCUUUUCUGCGAGCCUUCCGAAAGAGUCUCUGCGCUGCCCAGUCUGUCAGACGCUGCAUUUAUUAGACGCCGAAAGUCAGCCCCGAAAAGGGGUUGGCGUGGGCUGUUCUGUCGCUUGUCUUGUGCCUACCGUACGCCCGGUCCGUUCCGCGGUUCUCCUUUUGUUGUCCGCGGGUCCCACCGGCUCCGCCGAUGAUGGCGGCGUUAUCCUUUUCGCAGGAAAGCCCCUGGAGGGUCGCGUGUCACAUUGGCCUUUUCCUCUCGCUGCUUCGGUUCGUCUUGGCUCUCCCGUGCCUCGCUCUUUUUUCCCUCGGGACUUUUUUCCUGCUGCUUCUCUGGCUGCGUAGACUGCCGCCGCCCGCCAACUGCGUGGCUUUCUUCCACCCUCAGUGCGAUGCAGGGGCUGGCGGCGAGCGCGUUUUGUGGAGUCUGGUCGCUCACGAGUUGCGGAAAUGCACGCAAGGGCGCCAGAACGCUGAGACAAGGAACGCAGCUGAAGCAAGAGUUCGGCCACAGGGAGACGGCCGCGGCCGGACAGGCGAAGCCGGACAAGACAACCCAGUGGCUGAAGGCGGCAGAGAGGACGAGCAGGCGUUUCCCGUGUGCGGCGACGCUGCGAGUUGUCCGACGCGACGCUUCGUUGCGGUAUACGUACGCCACGACUCCCCCUGGCUGGAGUCACUCGAACCUGUCGACCUCCCGGAUGUGAGACUGGGUUUCCAGUUCUCUGGUGGCUCUGUUUCCUCUUGGCUCCUCAGCGUCGAGUCUGCUCUUUUGCACUUCCUCUCCGUGCUUCUUUCUCUCAUUCUGGGCACUCGCUUCCACAGGCCUCGCGUUGGCUACGCUGUCACGGCGGGAAGCAGACCUGCGCAAGACCUUUUUGCGUCUUUUUCAGUCGAUCUGGACCCGCUGCUUUCCCCGGAAGACCAACAGCCGAAACCCCCACGUAAAUGGACAGCGCGGCCGGCGACUGUCGAGACCAAGGCUGAGCGCUCGAAGUCGCCCUCCCUUCCUUGCCACACUGAGACACGCGGGGGUCUCCCUUCGUCGUCGCUCUCUCUUGAAGCCUCUGAAGGAAAGGCCAACGUCUCUUCUCUUGACUGCGCCCUGCCGUCUCCGCUGGUCCUUGUCCCAGUUCGAUCCUCCACGUGGCUGCUGCCCUGCUGCUACCCGUUCUGCUCGCUGCUCUGUCAAGGCAUCGCGGGCGGGCUGGCCGCUAUCGAGGUGCUUCUCCUGGGCGUGGCGCCCUCGCUCUUCAUCGACACCGUCGGUUUUCCUGCGGUUUCGUUCGUCAUCGCAGUGCUGCAGCGCUGGCAACGCUUCUCGCUCAACUGGAGAUCGGCUGGUGACUCGCAAGGCACAGUCCAAAGAGGUUCUUCAGCCACAUCGCGGGUCUGCGGAGCCGCCGAAAUGAAGGGAAGUGACGCCGCGGUCGACUGCAGAGCCCCGCGCUUCACGCGACUUCGGGUGUACAUACACUACCCUUUCGUCAGGGCCUGCCUUCUGGAAGCAGCGGAGAGGAACUACGCGGUCACGCAGAAGGCAUGGGGCAGGACAGAAGCGCCAGCGGCCACCGCGUCGUCUGAAGGAGGGAAGGAAACGGAUUUGCGUGCAGAGAGACAGACACAGGACGAGCGAGAAACACACAAGCCGGUCCCGCGCGCGCCACGGCUGCUGCUGUUUCUGGGCAGAGGCACCGCGUUUCUCCGGCUCGCGUACUAUCGGUUUGUGACCUCGGCGUACGUGUGGUGUCUGCGGUUCGCUUUUAACGGCAACCAACUGUCUCGAAAGGCUUCUGUAAAAGACGCAAAGGGUGCCGGGAGCGUCGAGAGAGAACGUGGAAGCGCGGGAGUUACAAGAGACAGAGAAGCCGAUGAGCUCGCGAGUUUCUCGUGCUGCAACAGUUCGUGGACGCGAAGGGAGAUCCAGAAACUUGUGGAUCCCGGACGUUGGAGAAGUUCUGGAGACGACGAAAGAGGCACAUGCUGUCGUCGUGGAGACCCUGAGUCAAGUGAAGAGUGUUUUCAGGUCCCCGUCGCCUUCCCUCCGUGUCAGCCUCAAAGAAACAUGGAGAAGAAGGCGUCGAUGACCCUCUCGAAAACGCCCCUGAGUAGACGGCCUCCGCGCAUCAUGUCCAUCGCCCAGUUUCGUCCCGAGAAACGCCACACGUUCCAAGUUCGGAUUUUCAAGGAGAUGUGUCGGGCGUAUGGACACUUGCUGCCUGGCCAGACGCACCUGGUCGUUGCUGGAAUGGUGAAGAACAAAUUAGAUGCGAACAUUGUGCAGGAAGUCUGCUCUCUUGCGUACCAACGCCGGGCUUCUCAGCAAUCGCCUGGGGAGAGAGGCCUGGGGAGUGUGCCGGCAGGAAAGGCAAGCAGCAGCCUUGAGGCCAUCACAGGCGCGGCUUCGGUUGCCGGAUUGCUCCCGGCCCACAACGAGGAAGGCUGGCGUGCGCUGCCGUCGACGAACGAGACGGCAAGGGAGGUGGGCAGCCAGGACUCCGCUGCGGCUCGAGAGGCGUUGGAGCCCCGCGACCUGGGACAAGAAGAAGCGUCUCUUUGGUGGAGACAAACCGCGAGUCGCGGCGGGGCGAUUCUCAUCAGUUCGCGAGGUUUCAGGUGGGUCGCGAGUGCUGCGGCUGCUGGAGCGGUCAUCGAAUCUCAUCUGGCAGAUGUGGCGCUGAGACGUCGAGACAACACACAAGUCGACAGCGGUGAACUUCGCAAACAGGAAGUGGAUUUCUGGGGAGAGCACGUGUUCCUCUUGGUGAAUGCAGAGUUCGCGAUUCUCGACCAAAUGGCCGAGACGGCAAAAGUUGGUCUCCACACAAUGGCGGAGGAACACUUUGGCAUUGCCGUUGUGCAGUUGCUCUGUGCGGGCUGCUGUGUCGUGGCACACAACAGCGGAGGUCCACGGGACGACAUUUUGGUGGCGAAGAGGGGGGAGAAGUCGGAAGAGAGUGCGAAUGUCGAGUCUAGCCAGGUUGACGCGCCUCACGCGUUAGCACUGACGUGUCGCGGAGAGUACGGAUUUCUUUGUUCAGACGAGACCGAGUUCGCAGCCACGAUUGCCGCCGUUCUUUCAGAGACCACAGACAGCUGCAGACACUUUUUGCCAGAUUCACGGAACGCCGCAGGUACACCGAUGCCUCUGUCGGCAGACGCAGUCGCGGAGAGUCUUCGCGACUGCAGCAGCAGACCGCUUUCGCGAGACCUGUGGUCUGCUGAGAUGGCGACCAGAGCUUUAGAAAGCGCACACACACGCUUCCUCGACGACGAGGACUUUGGCUUCCUUGCAGCAAGCGUUUUGCACCUCCAGUAGAGCGGUGCGCGACUCGCCGGGGAACAGUUGCCUGGCGUCACUGUCGUUACCCUCGCUCUUCUGCACGGGUGCAGCACCUGCGUACGAGCGCCGGCAGUGACUGCCCCCUCAAACCCGUGAACAGCGGUCAAGAAAUCCAGAACAGUGACGAACAAACCGGCACUUUCGCCGCAAAGCUUUCACGGGGAGAAGUGCCAGCUAAUCUCCGCGUGUUUGUGGUAGUUGUGAGCAGCGUACUGUGGGUGGCUUGUGCUUUAUGAAGAGAACGCAACACUCCCGCAGCCUCACUCGUGGCUCCGCUUUUGCGCUGCGUGUCUGGUGCAGCUGGACGGCACAGUGAAUGCAGUUGUUGUCAGAAUAGGUUGUUAGAGAAAGAGACGUCAGAACGGUGGUCAUGAAAAGCAGACACGGAUCUGCCCUCUACAGAGAAGGGCGUUUCCUUCCAUUGUCGUGGAAAAGUGGGGUGGCGUAAACGCUGGCCGUUGACGCGUCGAGAGAUCUUCAGUCCAAAGUAGUAAAACCUGUUUCCGAAUCCAGUGACGUUUUUGUGGAGAGCGACUUGUUUGUUUGGAAACACAGAUGUUUGUCCGUUCUGUCGGAUUUGUCACCUGUUUUAGGUCAGUGCAUUGUUGUAGAGUGCGCGUGGAACGCUGAGGCUCCGAAAACGGAGUUUGUGCCAUAUCCGCAAACUGUUUAUCUGUGAGGGUGCUUUGUUGAAGUUGUUUCAUAACGUCGUAGCUCUGUUCAGGCGCGCUUCUUGUACGUGCGGCCAAAGAGGUCCUGCGUUAUCGUCACACCACCUUAGCUUGUCAUUCUUUUUUCACCCAGAUAAGUCGGAGCACAGUCUGACAAAAACUGCUCAGAACCCGUGAAAGAAGUGAAUCCGCUGAACAGAGAAGUCCCAUUGUUUCCUAUGAGUGAAACCCAAACCCUG